UAGAGAAUCCUGCAAAACAGAAACAAGCAGGAGACGCCGUCGUGAAACGCCGGUGGCUCCGACGACAUUGAUAGAUCGCCGCCGUCUCUGUCUCUCCUCGGGGCCUUUGAAAAUACUAUCCGUGUCCUCCGUCUUUCUAUUCCUCUGUGUUAAACGGUAACCCUUCCCUUGGUCGGCUUUCUAGAACGCCUGCCUCAAGCAUAAAAAACCUAAUUUUUGUGGAGUUCCUGAGCUACGAUGAGGCGAAGCUGCAGCAUCUCUCUUCCAGUCCUCGUUGUUCUCUCCGCUAUCGGUUACCUCUAUUACACCACCGUAUUCAUCUUCAUUGACGGUUGGCUCGGUCUCAGGACGUCCCCUGGUCUCAUGAAUGCCUUUAUUUUUACGGCCAUGGCUUGCAUGUGCAUUUUCAAUUACGCCGUUGCCAUACUGAGGGACCCUGGUUCUGUUCCUCCUAGCUUCGUCCACGACAUCGAAGAUGCCCAGACGCCGAUCCAUGAGAUCAAGCGUAAGGGUGGGGAUCUGAGAUAUUGCCAAAAGUGUUCUCUUUUUAAGCCUCCACGUUCCCAUCAUUGCCGUAUUUGCAGAAGAUGUGUUUUAAGAAUGGACCAUCACUGCAUAUGGAUUAAUAACUGUGUGGGCCAUGCAAACUACAAGGUUUUCUUUGUCUUUGUGGCAUAUGCUUUAAGCUCGUGCAUCCACUCCCUGGCAUUGCUUGUUGGUAAUGUCACAUAUGAUGCUCAGAAAGAUGAGCAGCAGAGUGAAGGCUCACUCAGAACUGCCUAUAUCAUUUCUGCUGUACUGCUAGUUCCUUUGACAGUGGCAUUGAGUAUCCUCUUGGGCUGGCAUAUCUACCUCAUUUUGCAUAACAAGACCACAAUUGAGUAUCAUGAAGGAGUAAGAGCGAUGUGGCUUGCAGAAAAGGUUGGGAAUGUCUACAGGCAUCCAUAUGACCUUGGUCCUUAUGAAAAUCUGACAUCGGUGCUGGGUCCAAGCAUUUUCACCUGGUUAUGCCCCACAUCAGGACACAUGGGCUCAGGCCUCCAGUUCCGAACUUCCUAUGAUGGUGCCAACUCAUUGCCAACUUUGAAAUAGAUGAAGCUGCCAGUAGCUUUGUUUCAGGACACCCCAAGGCAAUUAAUUUAAGCUAGUUUACUCUUAACGUGGAUGAGAUGCGAUCAGGCUAUGAAACAAAAACAGGUUGUUGAUUUCAACCUCCCCAGUGUGUAAAUUACUGCUUGGGCAUCCCGAUAUUCCUUUGAUGGAAUCAAAUAAGACGAUGGCCCAUGUUCACCAUUAUACAGAGAAAAUCUUCAAGAGCUUGAGAAGCUGUUACUGCACACGUUAGGUCUGAUUUUUGUAUAGAUACAUGUACAUAUUGAGCUUGUCAAACCACAAGUUCAGCUGAUUUGUGUUAACAUGUAGACGGGAUUAUUUUAAUCCCACUUAUCACUAGCCGCGAUAAGGGAAGAGAAGUAUUCUGUGUAACGAGCUUAUUGAUAUGUUUUUUGAAA